AUGCCUGUCGCCAGCGCACAAGAGGUGGAUCGUUUUCUGGACGGAGUCUUAGCAUAUGUGAGAAGCCUUGAGAGUGCUUCUGCUAGCUACGCAUCGCUGACCUCGUACCCGCCUUCGUUGCCCAUCCCCCUCCGCCGCCACAUUCCUCUUAACUCGCAACCCCUCCAGUCCAUUCAAAACAUCCAGCUCGCCAAUAGAGAAGGUUCCACUGCAACGAACGGCGUGCAACCUACCGACGUGCUAUCUACCACCGUGCAGCAAACUCGCCACACGUCUCGUCCUCGGGCCUCACACGACAACAACCUCAACGACCAUGGACCCCGUCUACAGGGGAUGACUAGAGCCGCUCUCGAAGCCAAGGCACGCAAUACUGCGAGGCGUUUUGUAUUGCUCGGAAGCGUUGCUGCGGCCUCGGGUGUACGGGUGGAUCCUCCCACCUUAUCUGGCUUUUCUCCAGUGAAUGUCAUCCCGCCGCUCGAAGAAGACUCUCUCCGAGAGCACGGUUACGCCACAUACGGAGGACCGCAUGCAAGGCCUCCUGUUACUAUAGAUGACUGCUAUAGUUCCAUAAUCCCACCGUGGCGCACAAUGCAGGGACCCUACGUUACGACAUAUCAGGGCCGUCCUCUGGAAGCCAUGUCUGGAGCUCGUAGGUCCCCCGUGGGAACGAUCAUUACCAUCCCCCCGUUCCCGGACGUCCCACAAGCCAGCUCCGGCGAACAGGAAAUCGGUGGCGGCAAGCCUCUCGUCGACCGCAUAGGAGCGGCCCUUCCCUCUGCGCUUCGCUCUCCGCGUAAGCACCAGCGCAAGGGAUUCAAGAAAGAUAGUUCCCCUUCAAAGCCUAAGUCUGCGCGUCGUGUCCACUUUAAUGUAGAUGGAGAGCAACCUAUGUCAUCCCCCGGGCGUCCAAGUAGCUCUAAGCGCUACCCCCAAGAGCACUAUCCCAAGCGAAAGGAUGCCAAUGACAGUCCUUCGCAUCGUGGGCAGCGACAGCGCGACCGCCGCCCUGGAUAUAUGGUCUCUCGUGACAAGAGGCAUCCUAAUGUCCGCAAUGACGAAGUCCCUCAUCAUCAUCAGUCUUUCCCAUCAAACGGGCAUGCGGAUUACGACAAAACCCCAGGCGACUAUGAAGGAAGCAGUUCCUCACAACAAUCUUGGCCUUCAACGUCGACCCAGGAAUACAGCUACCACGAGCAGCUCUAUAGCUACGAAUCCUACUCUAGUCGCUCAUCUGAUGGGUACCCCUGCAACGACUCCUGA